AUGACCGCGACGACGAACGACCGGCAGAACGAGAACUUCAAGGUUGUCAUCCGCGUCCGACCGCCGCUCGAGCGCGAGGUGGCCAGCGGCAAGCGGUACCAGCACGCCGUCCACGUCGACGAGCGGCACCGCACGUGCACCAUCAGCGAGAACCUCGAGGCGUGGCGGGGCGGAUCGGGACCGGUUGGAGCCGACGGCGUCCUCUACAACACGCACCAGUUCACCUUCGAUCACGUCUACGACCAGGACGCCAGCCAGGAGAGCGUGUACGAGCGCAGCGCCAAGGACGCGGUGCUGUCAACGCUCGCGGGGUACAACGCCGCGAUGCUCGCCUACGGCCAGACGGGCACCGGCAAGACGUUCACCAUGGAGGGAGACCCGAGGGCGAGGCACGGUAACUCCGCCAUAGGCAUCCUCCCCGGCGACCUGCCCCCGGUCGGGGACGACCGCGGCGCCGAGCGGGGUAUCAUCCCGCGCGCCAUCGAGGACAUCUUCAACCGCAUCAAAGCGGACACGAGCACCAGGAGCAAGUACCUGGUCCGCGCUUCCUACGUGCAGAUAUACAACGAGGUCAUCAGCGACCUUCUCAAGCCCGAGCGGGUCAACCUGCACAUCCGCGAGGAUAAGAAGCGCGGCGUGUUCGUCGAGGGCCUGUCCGAGUGGGUGGUGAGGACCCCGGACGAGAUCUACGGAUUGAUGGAUAGGGGCGCGUCGCAACGAACCACCGGAGCGACGCGAAUGAACGAACUCUCCUCGCGGUCGCACGCCGUUUUCAUAAUCAUCGUGGAGAAUUCCAAGCUCACCGAGGAGGCCGGUGCGACCGAGCUGCGGCAGUCGUUCAAGGUUGGCAAGCUCAACUUGGUGGACCUGGCGGGGAGCGAGCGCGUGCGGCUGUCGGGCGCGACGGGCACGAGGCUCGAGGAGUCAAAGAAGAUCAACCAGUCGCUGAGCGCGCUCGGCAACGUCAUCAAGGCUUUGACCGAGCCCAAGGGCCGCCCGCACAUCCCGUACCGCGACUCAAAGCUCACCCGCAUCCUGGAGGACUCCCUCGGCGGCAACUGCAAGACCACGAUGAUGGCGAUGAUUUCGCCCGCGCUGGAGUCCUUCACGGAGUCGCUCUCAACGCUCAAAUUUGCCAAUCGAGCCAAGCACAUCAAGAACACCGCUCGAAUCAACGAGGACCUCGACCAGAAGUCCCUCCUGCGAAAGUACGAGCGCGAGCUGAAGCGACUGAGGCAGGAACUCGACGAGCGGACGAAGAACCUCGUGGACAAGAGGGCGCUUCUCCAGAUUGAGGAACAGAGGCGGAAAGCCGAGGCUGACAAGAUGCGCGCCAUCACCGAGCUCGAGCAGCGCAGCAAGGAGUUCCUCAAGGAGAAGAAGGAGCGCAGCGAGCUCGAGCAACGGAUCAACGAGAUGCAGUCGCAGCUCCUCGGCGGCGGCGGCGUCGCCCCCGACCGCAACAGCGACGAGUUCAAGGCUGUGCUCAGGGAGGAACAGGAGCGCGUCAAGGCUGAGUACGAGGGUAAGAUUCGCGAGCUGGAGGCUGACCGGCAGGAGGCGGAGGAGGGCAGGGCGCAGGUGGGCCGGUACAAGGCCGUGCUGCUCAAGCAGCGCGACAUCAUGAUCGCCCUCACCGCACGGCUCAACGAGAGAGACGAGACCAUCAUACGCAUGCAGGAGGAGCUCAAGGCGUACGAUUCGGAGUACCGCCGAGUGGAGGAUGCCUUGGACGCCAAGACGGCUGAGCUCAUCGCGCUGCGCCGAGCC